UUCCUUUCGGUUGGCUUGGGUUUGAGAUCGUGGUUGAAGAUGAUUCUGAGUGGCCGAACUUUGGGCGCUCAUAUUAUUGCCAUUAAUUUUUUGUUGCUGUUGAGUUGUAACAUGGUCUUCGGGACUGCGACUGAUAUCUUCUGCUUGAAAAGCAUAAAAGAUUCACUUGAAGACCCAUAUGGUUAUUUGAAGUCUUCCUGGGAUUUCAACAACAUCACAGAAGGAUUUAUCUGCAGAUUCACUGGGGUUGAAUGCUGGCACCCUGAUGAGAACAGGGUCUUAAAUCUCAAGUUGUCAAACAUGGCACUCAAGGGCCAGUUUCCUCGUGCCAUUCGAAAUUGCUCCAGCUUAACAGGAUUAGAUCUGUCAAUGAACACACUUUCUGGGAAAAUUCCUGCGGAUAUUGAUGUUCUUCUUCCAUUUGUGACAACUCUUGAUCUAUCUUCCAAUAAUUUUUCUGGGAAAAUCCCCAACAGCGUUGCAAAUUGCAGCUAUCUGAAUUCCCUUAAACUCGAUCAGAACCAACUCAGUGGGCGAAUUCCCGGAGAAUUGACCUUCCUUACAAGGCUGAAGACAUUUACAGUGACCAACAAUCUUUUGACCGGUCCAGUUCCAAACCUUCCACAAGUCCCAGCUGAGAGUUAUGCAAAUAAUUCAGGACUCUGUGGUGGUCCCUUACCACCUUGCUCCUAAUCUGUGUUGUUAGCCUUUCAAUUGCGCUGUGCCAUGCAGCAGAGAGUUAGAACAAUCUAUUUCCCUACCGACACUUCGAAUCAUUCAAUAAAGGGAUCCAUGGCCUUAUUGCUUAGUGUGUACACUCUAUGUUAUUAUUAAUAUUUAGUUCUGUGUCUUUAAUCUCCAUCAUUUUUUUCUU